CAUUUUGUCAGCCAUUUCCUACACUGAUCCAUUGCCAGCGUCUCUGCAGAGCACAGGACGCCCCGUCUGGCCUCAGCUUCAUCUGCCCGGGCUUGGUAAACAGCAGCGGCUCCUGCACACACGGUCCCCGGGUGGAUGAGACACAGUGUAGAGGGUCGGCUGGCACCCACGAGACCUCUGCAAGGAGCAGCACCCCGCAGGACAGAAGCGGCACGAGUCUCCGGCGGACAUGGCUUUGAAGAUUGUCAAAGGGAGCAUCGAUCGGAUGUUCGAUAAAAACCUUCAGGAUUUAGUACGUGGCAUUAGGAAUCACAAGGAAGAUGAGGCCAAGUACAUCUCCACAUGCAUCGAUGAGAUCAAACAGGAGCUCAAGCAGGACAACAUCGCUGUCAAAGCCAAUGCUGUGUGCAAGCUCACCUACCUUCAGAUGCUGGGCUAUGAUGUCAGCUGGGCCGCUUUUAACAUCGUUGAAGUCAUGAGCUCCUCCAAGUUCACUUACAAGAGGAUUGGCUACCUGGCAGCCUCUCAAUGCUUUCAUGAAAGCACUGAUGUCAUCAUGCUGACAACCAAUCAGAUCCGAAAGGAUCUCAGCAGUCCCAACCAGUAUGACACAGGUGUUGCCCUCACAGGCCUCUCUUGUUUUGUGACCCCUGACCUUGCUCGGGACCUGGCCAAUGACAUCAUGACACUGAUGUCCCACACUAAACCCUACAUCAGAAAGAAAGCAGUGCUAAUCAUGUACAAGGUGUUUCUGAAGUACCCAGAGUCCCUGCGACCUGCUUUCCCAAGGCUCAAGGAGAAACUGGAAGACCCAGACCCAGGUGUUCAGUCUGCAGCUGUAAAUGUUAUCUGUGAGCUUGCUCGAAGAAAUCCCAAGAACUACCUGUCUUUGGCUCCACUCUUCUUCAAACUCAUGACCUCUUCUACUAAUAACUGGGUUCUCAUCAAGAUCAUCAAGCUGUUUGGUGCGCUCACACCACUCGAGCCACGGUUGGGAAAGAAGCUGAUCGAACCUCUGACCAAUUUAAUCCACAGUACCUCUGCCAUGUCUCUGCUGUAUGAAUGUGUCAACACUGUGAUUGCAGUGUUGAUUUCCUUGUCCUCUGGGAUGCCUAACCACAGUGCUAGUAUCCAGCUCUGUGUGCAGAAACUGCGAAUCCUGAUAGAAGACUCGGACCAGAACUUGAAGUACCUUGGCCUGCUGGCCAUGUCAAAGAUCCUGAAGACCCACCCCAAGUCAGUGCAGUCUCAUAAGGACCUCAUCCUGCAGUGUCUGGAUGACAAGGACGAGUCCAUCCGCCUGAGAGCUCUGGACCUGCUCUAUGGCAUGGUAUCCAAGAAGAACUUGAUGGAGAUUGUAAAGAAGCUGAUGCUACAUGUGGACAAAGCAGAAGGAACCACCUACAGAGAUGAGCUGCUCACCAAGAUCAUCGACAUCUGCAGCCAGAGCAACUACCAGUACAUUACCAACUUUGAAUGGUACAUCAGUAUUCUCGUGGAGCUGACCCGGUUAGAGGGAACACGGCACGGCCACCUCAUCGCCUCGCAGAUGCUUGAUGUAGCUAUCCGGGUCAAAGCCAUCCGGGUCUUUGCCGUGGCCCAGAUGGCCACUCUGCUGGACAACGCCCACCUGUUGACUGGCAACGUGCAGCGAAAGGGCAUCUGUGAAGUGUUGUAUGCAGCAGCUUGGAUCUGCGGUGAAUUCUCAGAACAUCUUGAGAACCCGAUGCAGACGCUAGAAGCCAUGCUGCGGCCUAAGGUGGCCACCCUCCCGGGCCACAUCCAGGCGGUGUAUGUGCAAAAUGCAGCCAAACUGUUUGCCACCGUGCUGAAGAUCCAGGAGGGGAACACGGACGGCACCGCAGCGCAGGAAACCAGCCAGCUAAUGAUCGAGAGGCUGCCGCUGUUUGUCCAGAGCGCCAACCUGGAGGUGCAGGAGAGGGCGUCUUGCAUCCUGCAGCUGGUCAAGUACAUCCAGAAACUGCAACAGAAGGACGUGGAAGUAGCGGAGGAAGUCAUCGCACUGUUUGCUGGAGAACUCAACCCUGUAGCCCCCAAGGCACAGAAGAAAGUGCCUGUUCCUGAAGGUCUGGACUUGGAUGCCUGGAUCAACGAGCCUCCAUCUGAGAGCGAGUCUGAGGAUGAGCAGCCAAAGGCUAUUUUUACCAAGGAGGAGACCAAACACUCCCGCCCCCGUCACACAGAGGUGGACGAGAAGGAGCUGGCAAGGAGGAGAGAAGCCAGAAAGCAGGAGCAAGCCAACAACCCAUUCUACAUCAAGGCCUCCCCGUCCUCUCAGAAGGUGUACCAGGAGGCCCCUGGAGUGGAGCACAUCCCAGUCGUGCAGAUUGACCUCAGUGUGCCUCUCAAAGUCCCAGGUCUGCCAAUGUCUGACCAAUACGUGAAACUGGAGGAGGAGCGCCGGCAGAAAGAGAGAGCGGAGAAGAAGAAGAAGGAGAAGAAGAAGAGGAAAGAAAAGCGCAGCGGACGAGGGAAGAAACAUGAUUCAGGCCCAGAGAGCGAGGAGGACAUCACGCCUGCGCACAUGGUCGACAUUGUUACCGAGGAGAUGCCAGAGAAUGCCUUACCCAGUGAUGAUGAUGACAAAGACCCCAAUGAUCCUCAUAAAGCCCUGGACAUCGACCUGGACAACCUGUUGGAGUCUGCUGGGCGCAGGCCACUUGCCGACAGUGAGAAGCUGCCGGUCAGGGCACACCGGGCAGCAGAGGCUCUCAAAAGCCCAACUGAAGAUGGAGACGCAGAGAGUGCCGCUUCACAGGAGCCCAAGAAGAAGAGCAGCAAAGAAAAGAGAGACAAGAAGAAGGAUAAAGACAGGGAUAGGAAGAAGAGCAAGGAAGAGAAGAAGAAGAAGAAGAAGCACAAACAUGAAGAAAAGGGGGAGGAUCUUCUCGGGGUCCCGGAAGAAGAACCUGUGGUCCAAUCAGAAGAAGCCAAUGAGGUGGCUGCACCGCCCGACUCCACCACUGCUGAGGUUUCGGAUCUGGAUUUCUGGCUCUCAAACACUCCAGUGCCCUCUAACGCCCAGGAAACAGCAACAGUAGCAGCAGCAGAAACAGCCCCCGUGCCUGAGGCAGCCUCUGGCGCAGCACCAGACUCCGAGCCUGAUGAGCCCAAAGACACCGAAGCAGAGGAGACCAAGUCAUCCAAACACAAGAAGAAGAAGCAGAAAAAGGAGAAGGAAGAGAAGGAGAAGAAAAAGAAGAAGAAGCAUCAUCACCAUCAUCACCACAGUGACGGGGGUGGAGAGGAGUCGGUGCAGAACGGCACCGUGGAGGAGGAAGAGCCUCUGCCGCCCAUGUCCAAUUACUGCCUGCUGGCUGAGAACUCCUACAUCAAGAUGAUGAUGGAGGAUGCUGAUCAGGUAAAUGACAUCCAGGGAAACCUGCAGGACGGCAGUCAGGUGGUGGUCUCCGUAAUAUUUGAAAACAAGUGUGAUAGCUUCCUCAAAUCCAUGGAGUUCAACGUCUUGGACUCUCUCAACUCCAAGCUGCAGAGGCCGGAGGGGUCGGGUCCACAUGAUGGCCUCACUGUCCCCUUCCAGCUUCCACCUGGAGUGUCCAACGAGGCUCGAUUUGUCUUCACCGUGCAGAGCAUCGUAAUGCCACAGAAACUGAAGGGAACCCUCACCUUCAUAGUAAAGAAUGAGGACUCCUCCACUCAUGAGAAACUGGACUUCAAACUGCACUUUACCUGCACCUCCUACCUAAUCACUACUCCUUGCUACAGUGAUGCGUUUGCAAAGCUGCUCGAGUCAGCUGACCUGAAGUGCAGCUCUGUCAGACUGGAGGGGGUCAGCAUGCCCUUCCACCACCUCCUGGCCAGGAUCUGCUUCCACCACCAUUUUUCUGUUGUGGAGAGGAUCGACUCCUGUGCCUCCAUGUACAGCAGGUCAAUCCAGGGUCACCACGUCUGUCUCCUGGUUAAAACUUCUGGUGAGACAGUGUCCAUUGACGCUAAAUGUGACGAGCCGACGCUGCUCGGGAAUGUGCUGGAUGAGAUCAAGCAGACCUUCUCUCAGUGCUGAUUGUGUCCGACAGCCCCAGGGUGCCCCCCGACCCCUCCAUGCCACCCUCCUCCCUCGCUGAAACACAACAUAAUCAUGUUACGACACACUGCGGCUGGCACUUCCAGUAUCGCCCUAUUUAUUAGUCCUCAGAUUCGCAAGAUUUCUACCCCCUUACCUUCUUCUUCACUCUGUUGUUCCGCUGCACUCUGAGCUCUGUGAUCACUCCCCGACACUUGAUGUUGUUUUACAGACUCACUGUGUACGUGAACCGUCUUCUCUGCAACGCACUUUCGUCUUUACUUCCUGGUUCGAACCCAACAGCCGCCCUGUUCCUCCCUGACUCUGACUCUACGCUGAGCUCCUGUUUCUGGAUGCCGAGCGUUCUCUGCUCUUUCCUGUGUACCUCUCUCCGCCCUCCACUCUGUCGGCAAGUCAGUCUGUGACAGUCAUGUAAUGUAUUGUUGACAACUGGACUUUUGCUGUUGAUGGUUUAAUUGUGAUUUUACUGUUUUGAAGGUUUUUUUGUCUUUGGUUUGUUUUUGUUUUGUUGUUUUGUUUUUGUCUGAAACCUGUCUGCGCCUUUUGUCUCGCCCCCUAUUUCUGCCCACUAAACAUCAGUGUGCGUGCUGCUCGGCUUUGUAGGCCUGGAAAAACCAUGUGACUGACUCAUUCUCAGACUGCUCUUAAAUGUAAAAAGGGGGACUCUAACCUGCUCGCCCACCACUGACCCUGUGCCUGAAGAGCACCAGACACUGCAGUGUGACUAGCACAGCUACAUAUAAGGCAUGGGUUUCAAACUUCUCUCAGCUGUUGCCCUACUUGCCUUUUGGCUCAGAGCAGAUCUGCUGCUGUUAGUUUAACACAGUUCUUGUGUGGCACUAGAGGUGAUUUGUACAGAUCAGAGAUUUUGCUCUUUGCCUUAGCUGUGCAAUCUGACUUACUCCAGCACUUGAUGAGCCCCAACUCCCUCCCUAGUAUAUCUGCUCCCCGAUCAACUGUGCUAAGCUGCAGUUUGACCCACCCAAGAACUUCCAACAUAUCAUUCCUUUCACGUACCAGAGAUGAAUGGGAUUGUUCAAUUUUUUUUUAAAUGGGGUUGUAUACGUUUUUUUUAUCCAUAGUCAGUGUAUUGCCUACAGUAGAUUACGGUCAGCACGCCUCAAGUUUGGAAAAACGGGAAGGAAUACUGGCAUGGACUGCUUUGGACGGGUGCAGAAGCAAAAACAUGUUGGGCACUUUUUAAAAAAAUCAAUAUCCGUUUCAGUAAAUGCUAUAUUUAGAAUAUUUCCAGCACUUUAACUUGCCAUCAGACAGACAUGUUUAAAUAGACCUGGGUAAAACUGAAGCUGUCCAUGAUGCUCUCCUCAAAGCCACCAGAGUACUUUGACAAAAACAGUAAUUUUACUUUGCAGAACAUGGCAGUUGCUGGUCUACAGCUGCCUUGAUCAGUUUGUGUGUGUGAACUUGGUUUUAAAGGGUUAGUUAGAAUUCAUCCAAGUCACAAAAAUAACAUGCACAAACUAAACAAUCGAAGCAGCAGUAGACAAAACUCCCAUUUACUGUGAGGUAAAAUUACUGUUUUUGUUUGGAGUCUGGUGGCUUUAACAUAGAUCAUAGAUCAUGGCUUCAGUUCCUUUUGGAAGAAAGGGCUGUCUUGCUGCAAGGUAAAGUAGUGAUAUUCCAAAUAUAAUUUACACUUACACUAAUAUUUAAUUUUUAUAUCGAUAAAAAGCCAUACAAUGCUUACUGUAGCUUUUUCCGACUAGGGGCGUGCUGGCCGCCAUCUACUGUAGGUAAUACACUGACUAUGAAAAAAUACUAAAUACAACCCUUGAAAAAAUCAAACUACCCCUUUAAUCUGAAGGUACAGUUUAAAUAUUACAGAAUGAAAGUCCAGAGUAGAAGUGUACAAUGUAAUGUGAGAUUUCACCACAGAGCAGUUUGCUGUCUGGCUUAUCAGCCUCCUCUUCAACUCACAGAUGGUUUGGUUAGUUGUAUAGAAGAUGUUAUAUUACUGUAAUCCACAGAAGGAUACUGUUAUUUUUAUGCUAUGGUGCUGAGGGCCCUCAUUAAGUCACCACAUGGUCAAGUUUGUGAAAGAAUGAUCUGGCAUAAAGAGAGCUCCCCAUGUUACAUCACUGUUCUGCCUCCUUUCUCUGGAAAAUGGCAGAAAGUUACACUAUUUUUUAAUACCUUCAAGUUGCUCUCUGUAAGCAGGAAGUGGUCACUGGUUUGGGUUCCCUUUCAGUCAGUAUUAGGCAACAUGGCUUCUAAUGUCAGGAAUCAUCCACUCUGUCAACAGCAGAGCAGUUUUAUCUGUCUUCAUGUAGAAUCAUGCGAGACAUUUACGCCUGUGCCACUUUUGACGUUUGCAUCACAGUAGCUGCACCCAGCUGGCGUCUACACAGAUCAACCCCAAUGUUUAUUUUCCCUUCAGAAACUGCCUUGCCACUUUUUUUGUGCAUUGACAUGUUAUGAUGAACAUGAACGGCCAUUUUUUUUAAUGGCCACCUCUCUUUUGAGGAACUUGAUGUUUUAGUUUGUGUCAUUCAUGUCUGAAGUCACUACCUGGUCCAUCACGACUUCAACUUGUAGUAGCAAGAUAAAAACUGACUCGGUAGCGUCUCUGAUCAUAUAUACUGGUAAGGCCCUCCUCAUAUCUGUCUGCUAUUGUAGAUAACGACUAUGAUAAUGAUGUCUGUGACCUGAAUAUCGGGUCAGCCAUUCCACGAGAUUUUCUGUCCAGUAGUUGAGUCUGAAUACUGAUGUGAUCAGCUGUAUUUCAGGAAUGUCAAUAGAAAAAUAAAUAUGUAUGUAUUCCCUGUUCCUGAAAACAACUGAUAUAAGAAAAACUGAAAAAACAGCUCCUCAAAUCAUACGUUGUCCUGAUUCUGAUCAUUUUCCUGUGCAUAAUAUUUGAUUAAAAUUUGUAUAUUGCAUGAUUAGGAAUGUACACUUUUUAUUUUCCUUUUUUUUCUGUUCCAUUGACAUGCUUACACAAAGAAAAACUUGUCAUUCCAUUUUGUCUUUUUUUCUUUAUAGUUUUUUUUUUUUUAAAUGAAGUUUACUUGACCAUUAUCUAUUUUUGAUGGUAUUGUGUUUUUAUCUAUUCUAAGUUCAGACAAUUAAAAAAAAAAAGGUGAAAUCGUUGAAUGUUUUAAAUUAUUAAACACGGGAAGGAACGGGGUUAUAUUUGGUGUCAUGGCACCAAGGGCACGGGGCUCAGAAUAAAAAGUUGAGUAGAGCAACAGGUCACAUGAAGCAGUGUACUGAGAGGCAACCCACUGUCUUAAUUCUCUAUUGGUU